CGAGUCGACUUUGGCUUCUGUGCAUAUCAUACCCUCCUCGCACGUUUAAAGCGACCCAGUCGACCCCCUUAGCUUCGCUUAUCCCCACACUCACACACACCACAGCAAUGGCCACCCCCCGCCCCCGCCCAGACUACGCCAAGCUCUCGAUCCGCAUCGCGACGCCGGCGCAAAAAGUCCAGUCGCACAAGAACCAGUACCCCGAGUGGGGGCAGCCGCGCGGCUUCGACGUCCCGCAGUUCCUGCACCGCGAGACCAUCCUCAACGGUGACGACAGGCCGUGGGUCCGCGACGGCGGGUUCACGACCUGGGUGCUCGUCCCGCGCGACGAUCCCGAGUCGCUUGACCUCCUGGCUUCGUGCGAGACGUACAAGCGCGACUCGCUCUACCUCCCUCCCGGCGAGACGACCCCGCGCCCAACCACGGCAUACGGCAUCGCGUCCGUCUUCUGCAUCCCCGAGCACCGCGGAAACCGGUACCCGACCUUCCUGCUGCAGCUGCUGCACUACGUCAUGGCGGAGGAGGGCACGCUGCCGCCGUUCCCGGCCGCCUGGGGCGCGCCGCCCGACAUCAAGGGGUACAAGGACGCGCGGUUCUCGGUGCUCUACUCGGGCGUCGGGCGCGUCUUCUACUCCAAGGUGCGCAAGGGCGACGGCGAGGCCAGCGAGCCCGGCUGGGUCGCCGACGAGCACGCCCACCGUAUCUGGCAGAUCGAGGACGCGCCCGCGCCGCAGGUCGACGGCCUCGAGUUCCUCGGCGCUGAGGAGGUCGAGAAGCUCGCUUCCGGCGUCGACGAGUACAUGAAGGCUGAGCUCGUGAACACUGGCGACAAGAGCAAAACGCGGUUGGCGAUCUUGCCUACGAGGAACAUGUUCGGCAUCCACCCUCUGCGGUACGAGCUCGCCCCCGGCCACCGCAAGACCGCGACGUUUGGCGUGCGUCUGCCUGCGCCUGCGCCAGGCACGCCGCAGCCGUUCUUCACGUACACGUACGAGAUCAGCUCGGCGCGGCCAGAGCGCCUGGUGCUGCUGUACGUCCAGCAUCCCGUGCCCUUCUCGGCUGUGCUUGCGGCCGCGAAGCACGAGGGCGUGGGCAGUAUCGAGAUGUGGGGCGGCUUUGCUGGCUGGGAUGCCGAGGCGGGCGGCGCCACGCUCGACAGAGACGACAGCGUGUGCGCCCUCGCGCAGUACGGCUUUGGGGGAGACGACAAGGUCGAGUGGGAGUGGGUCGAGAAGUACGCCUGGUGCUAG